AUGUCAGAAAAAACUGGUAAGGAUAACUUCAAGUAUCGUGAAAGGGCCUCCAAGGUUCUUUCAAAAAUGUAUGAUAAAACAAGUGAUAUUGCUGGAAACAAUUCAGGUAAGAAUAAAGGAAUUGCGGCUGGGACAGCAGCUUCUCUUAUCAGUUUAGGAAUUGAUCGAAUUAAUCAAGGACAAUCGGUAGAUGAGACUGAUGGUUUACCAUAUACUGAAGAUGAAUUGAAUCAAUUGAAAGAAUUGGAAUCGGAAAUGGAUGACAGCAAGUCUUCUCAUUUUGUCGAUAGAUUCAUGGAGAAAUUAUUGAAGCAUGCCAUUCCAACAGAUGGGCCAGAGAAAGAAAUGCUUGAAAGGAGAGUGGCAGAUCCUGAACGACUCAAGAAACCGAAUUUGUCAAUUAGGAUACUUACGUCUAAUUUUAAGAGAUUAAGUUCGAAGAUGAGUUCAUUUUUUGUAUUACAGUACGGUUUGAUUCACAUUAUCACCUGGAGAAAGCCUACUAAAACUUUAUCAUUUUUGGUUUUCUAUACCUCAAUUUGCUUGUGGCCACAUCUCAUAUUGGCUUACCCAAUGAUUUUUCUUAUAUUUGGAGUAAUGUUACCAGCGUAUAUCCAUAGACACCCCAUGAGAACCCCGGAAUUGAUAAAAGUUAAAAAAAGAGGGCAAUCGAUAUUAGAUUUUUUCAAUCUGUCAAGUGAUACUAGUGUUAUUGAAGAUUUAAUUGGCAAAGAUUAUCAUAACGAUUCAGGUUCAGAGUCUGAUUCUCUCCAACCUGUUAUUUCUAAAUCUUCUGAUACUUCUAGCAUGUUCAGCAAGAAGCCCGUGUCAGCAUCAAAAUUAAAAGACGGUGAUGUAAAUGAACGUAUACAGAAGAAGGAUAAAACUCGUCAUGUGAAGUCACAAAUGACGUUGUUUAUUAAUAUGAGAGAUUUACAAAACUUGACGACAGAUGUUCUUAAUGGGAUUAAUGGCGCAGAGAAAUUUUGGUAUGAAACAGCUGGAUUUAAGGACGAAAGGCUUUCCACGUUUAUAUUUUACGGAGUGAUUGCUGCUACUUCCAUAGUCUUGGUAUUUGGACGUUUCAUUCCAUGGCGAUUAAUUUUUAUUCAAUCGGGAUGGGCCGGACUUAUAGUUUGUCAUCCAAAUAGUAAGAAAUACAUUAUGAGUAUUAAAAAGUCAAAGAAGGCUAAGAAGGUGAAGGAUGUAAAAGAAUCCAAAGAGAAAGAGGGUAGAUUUGAGAGACACGACAUUAUUAUUGAUGAUUCUGCAGAAAUAAGGAUUGUAGAGGUGUUCGAAUUACAGAACAAGAACAUGCUGAAUAAUCAAUGGUCUUUCCAUAGAUAUACAAGCAAUAUGUUUGACAUUAAAAACCACGCAAGAGCGGCAGGAAAAAGGCCUCUUGGGGUGGAUGACUUAUCAAAGGUAUUACCUCCUCCCGAUUGGAAAUUCGAUAUGGGGUAUGCCAAUAAAUGGGAGAUUGACAUUGAUCCACAAAAGUUUUUUAAAGAGAGAAAUAUCAAUAAUCCGUACUUACAAGUACAUGAAGAUGAGAAAGAAGGUUGGAUAUAUGAUAAAUUGGACGGGGUAGACAAUCUGGAUUCUAGUUAUGAGUUCAGAAGAAGGAGGUUAUCGAGAGAAUGCUACAGGUAUUCUAGACCCCCUGUUAUCCCGAAGAAUACAUAG